ACAGUCAUCACCAGAUCAGCCAGAUCUCCACAACAGUCAUCACCAGAUCAGUCAUCUCCACAACAGUCAUCACCAGAUCAUCCAGAUCCGUCAUCUCCACACCAGUCAUCACCAGAUCAGUCAUCUCCAAACCAGUCAUCACCAGAUCAGUCAUCUCCACAACAGUCAUCUCCACAACAGUUAUUACCUAAACAUCCAGAUCAGUCAUCACAGUCAUCUCCAGACGAGGACAAACCUAAGAAAAAGGGAGAUCCAAACAAACUUUCCCUUCUGACCUGGAACAUAGAUGGCCUGGACCUGGACGAUAUCAAGGAACGUCUCUCAAGGCUACUGGACUACCUGAUCAAGUACCACCCCGACAUUGUGCUACUGCAAGAGGUUAUUUCACCAAUUUACCAGGUUUUACAGCAGGUUCUGAAGCCGUAUCAUGUGUUGCCGGGUAGUGACAGAAGCUAUUUCACUGCCAUACUGCUGAGGAAGUCCAGAGUUCAACUUCUGGAGAGUAGCAUUGUGAAUUACCCUACCACAGAGAUGAGGAGAAACCUGCUUAUGGCCCAUGUUUCUUUCCUUGGCCAUCCAUUGUGUGUGAUGACGUCCCACAUGGAGAGCAUGAAGCCCCAAUCCCUGGAACGCCAGAACCAGCUGAGGACGGUGUGGAAGACAAUGAGGGAGCAGCCCCAGGACCACAGCGUCAUCUUUGGGGGAGACACCAACCUCAGGGACUGGGAGGUGAAGAACCAGGGCGGUCUACCCGAGAACAUCUGUGACGUAUGGGAGUCCCUGGGCCAGCCGGAAGACUGCCGGUACACCUGGGACUGUGUCACCAAUGACAACAAGGACCUCCCUUUCCCCGCACGCCUACGCUUCGACCGCAUCUUCCUGAGGCAGGCCGGCGAGGGGUCAAAGGUCAGCCCAGAUGGCAUCACCCUGGUGGGCCUGGAGAGGUUGAAUGACUGUCAACGCUUUACCAGUGACCACUGGGGUCUCCUCUGCACCUUCGUCAUAAAACCACUCAGUCAAGCAACACCUGAAUGAUACAAAGGGAACAGUUAGCUGUCCCUGUCAUGUCAACCUGGAACAGCAUAGAAGUCUUUGCCCAUCUUCUUUAUGUACAUUGGGAGAUUUUGAGAUUUUGAACUAGGAUAGAACAGGAUUAUGGGCACAGCAAUAGUGUUUAAUGACUUCAAUUGCUAUGUUUGGCAACUGCUGCUGUUCCAAGGCACACUUUUAAUUUAUCCAGCCACAUAUUUGUCUGUGCCAACAGGUUAUGUACCUACCCUAUUCAAGGGCACAUUCAUACUGUCUUUGGACUUGGAAGCAGAAAAUAUAUUGGCUAUAACUGUAUCUGAUUAUUUUCUAUCACUGUUUUAAACAUCACAGCAUCAAGCCAAUUUCACAAUAAACUCAUUUAGUUCCAGACAGUAA